CACCGCUUGAGGAGACAGCUUGUGUAUGGACACCCAUCUAUUGUGUUCUUACAGGCUUUACUUCCAGUGUUGACUAAGGGGUGGAAUCUGCUCAAUGUCGUCUCACAGAAUGCAGCAACUGAUUGUGGUCGGCCUGUUUUUGUCGCUGACAUCUGUCCUGCCCGUAGAGUCCAAAUGCGAAGUGAAGAAUGCGCCUAACGUCUCAGGAUGGCGUUUCCAAAGAUUUCCCAACAUCUUGUUCUAUUACAAGGCUGGCUACAAGUUGUCUGCAGAAGUGAACUCGGGCAACGCGACGGUGGUAUUUACCGAAUACUUCUCGUACAACCACAACAAAGGUUACUUGACGAGUAAACAGGACAACGAAACGGUGGACGCCUACUACAGUGGUGACACGGAUGAAGCUUUCAUAUUUAAAGGCGAUGCGUGUGUCACUACCAAAUUAGAUGGCGCUGCACCGUUUCUAUCAGGCACAAAGCUUCUCACAUUUAUUACACCAUGGCGAACUUAUAAGAUCGCCGGUCCAUCUUCUCUCUUCGUUGUGGCCGCCAUCGCCUUUACCCAACGCAGAAGCAACCGACCAAUUUACCAAGGCUCUGGAGGUGAUGUUCGCGGAAUUCGUACAAUGAGGUGGGACUUUUGCUUGAACGAUGACGAGCCACCCUACGAGUUCUACUUCGCAGAUCCCUCAUGGGACAACGGAUAUGGUAACCUGAUGAAGCCUCUGCCCGUGCGCAUCAAACAGGGAGACGAGUACACCGAAUUGAUGCAAGUGCAGCCUUACAACAUCGACAGCAAUCGUGUUUUCCAGAUUCCCCAGAGCAAAGGCUGCGCCCGGCUUUUCAAGAGUAAAGAAAAACCAGUGACUUUCGGCAACAUCACGAUGUCAUUCCACGCAGAACUCAUGUUCACGAAUCCUGUGGUCAACGGGCCCUACCACUACAUUUCACAUCUAGACAUUGUCAACGACCCGGUCUCGAAGCAUUUCAGCAUGACCUAUUCUCCCUGGGACACAGCAGCUGCUCCGAAGAGUCAACUCAUUCCUGGAGAAGAGUACCAGGAGAUCUUCGAUACCGCCAACGGUAUUAAGUACCAUCUGCAAAAGCAGUUUCCACGCUGCCUCAUCUCGAGCGAAAAGACUUCAAGGCCCACUGUCCAGUUGCCCGACAACAGCAGCAUGGCAGUGCUAGAUUUCCUCCUGCCUACAGCACAGAUGUUAAAGGACGCCGUCUACCUUGGACGACAAAACGAGCGUGGACUCGGAGUACAUGUGUUCGAGGUGACCAGGAAGGGACUGUAUGUGAACACCGUAUUUCUCCAGCAAGCCGUCAUCACAUAUUCAUAUCUGGCGGACGUUGGGCCGGGGCCACUGACUCAGGCGAACCUUCCUGUCAAAGUGACAGUAGCGGCAUACACUACAGAGACAAAGCUCUACUACAACCUGGCAAUGAAUAUUCAUCACGUGGACACCAAUUUAAGAGACUUACACGAAAGGCUGAAUAUUGUGAGCUGUUACUCCGACGAAAAGACAGAUUACAGUUGGCUACAGAUUGCGUUCACAGAGCAAAGCAGAUACCCUGCAUUUCUGGCUGAAAGUGCCCCUCAAAUUAAAGACAAGUUCCAGACAGAGUUCCUGCGGAUCACUAAACUGUCGCCACUACGAGUGCCGCGCGUUCUCGUUGACUUUGCCGAUUCCAUGGUGUACGUGACAGUUCUGCUUCUCGAACGUCCACUUCUUGGCGGUGACUACAAGCUGAAGGCUGGCACAGGUAUAACUCGUCCUGAUUUGUCAGCUGGAGUAAUGACACUGGACGACUGCUUCAAGGAGUGCUCAAGCAGAGACUUUGAAGAGUGCAGUGCCGUGGCUUACUGUGGAGCAUCCUGCUAUGCAACUACAGCCGGUGACCCGGACACCAUGGGUGUACUUAAACCAUCACCAGACUGCAACACGUACAUCAAAAAUGAGCGUGCGCGGCGAAGAAAGCUGCCCCUUCUGUCAGAAGCCAUCGAUGACAUCAAGAAGGCUGUCUUGGCUGGGGACUUUGUGCUUAGUCUCACACUCCCUUCGUCUUGGGUGGCCACAAGUAACUUCGUAGCUGUGUCUGUUCAAGAUUCGGAAGGACAGUCCGGAGAGGUGUUCAGCGCGUCCGCAGGCGUCCGCCGUUUACAUAGAAGAGGGCCAGAUGUGGAUGGGUUCGUGUCCUCUCUGGGCGUAAAGCACAAGACCUCUGCGCCAUAUGUGAAGGCCCUUGGACGCUACCCCCUCGGCGAUUGCGCCGAGAUAUGCAGGAAUAGGGCAGAUUGCGAGUCAUUCUCGUCUUGCCUGUCAACCUCCGAGUGUACCAUUAGCUCUGUCCAUUCGGAAAAUCGCAGCCAGCUGGUGAAGGACACCCGCUGCGCUGUAUUCUCAAAGCGAUACUCGGACAGCUUUGAAGCCUACGAAGGGAUGUCGUUAGACAUGACAGCCGAUAAGAGCUUUGUAGCGGGAACCGUGGAUGACUGCGCGCGUCUCUGUGUCUCGGACAAGGACGUCAAUUGCAAGUCGUUUGACUACUGUGCCAAGCCGAGGGAUCCUGCUACCAAGUGCCGCAUACACAGCACACAUUUGCGAGACCUUGUCGAUCCCAGCCAAGUGGACAAGUCCGCUGUCGAGGGCUGUAUUCACUUUUCCAGGAUCUUCCUCUCUGACUUCCAGAAGAAGGCCGGAGUUCGUUCUAUGAGGCCUACGGCGACCACCAUCCAGAAUUUAACGGCUGAAGAAUGCGCAAAGUUGUGCCGCGAAUCUGUCUUCGACUGCCGCUCCUUCGACUUCUGCGCAGGGGGACCGAGAGGUGUCGGCACCUGCAUCCAGCACCAGGCUGGCGAUGGUGCCUUCAUUGAUGCACCAAUGUGUAAUUCGUACAUCUACGUUUCUGACCCCGAUGCUGCAGUGCUGCAGUUUAACAAUCCCAACGUGACCAACGGGUACUCAAAAGGCACAGCUGCUGGUCUUGCCGUGCUUUUGUUGCUCAUCGGUAUUGGUUUAGGAGUCGCAGCUCUCACCGCAUUUAACAUUUACAAACGCAAGUUAAGCAGCACCAGCUAAUACGUAACAUAUUUCACUCAGAAGGCUGCGUAUACAUCGGCAUUCGGCUAACACCCUCGAGAAGAGGGGUGUUCCUGUCUUCUCCCACAUGCAUUCAACGACAGUGACCUUAUCACUGUCUGUAUAUCGCUGUCUGUGACGAAUAAAGUCUGACACAAAGUAA